CUCUCCCCCCUUCUCGCCUCCCCUUCCCAUUGCACAUUCUCUCCUGGCGGCGGCGCCCCACUUUGCAGCAGCCCCACCAGCCCCCGGCAGAGGAACAUGGCGACAGGGAGCAGCUGUGGGGAGCUGAGCCUGCCCUGCCUGGCAGCCCUGCUGCUACUUGCAUGCUGCCCCUCUCCGCCGGCCGCCGCCAGGACCCUGCUGCUGCACGCGGGGGCUGCGCCCCGGCCUCAGGACCGAGGCUUCGUGCUGCUCCAGGGAGAAGCGCUGAGCCCGGAAGCGCUGAGCCCGGGUGACAGAGGCACGGGCAGGGCAGGCGAGAGGCUCCAGCCGCGGAGGAAGAGGAGCGCUGCGCAGCAGCAAGAGCCCAUUAAGGUGUAUGGACAGGUUAGCCUGAAUGAUUCUCACAAUCAGAUGGUCGUUCAUUGGGCAGGAGAAAAGAGCAAUGUGAUUGUGGCCUUGGCUAGAGACAGCCUGGGAUUAUUGCGGCCUAAGAAAAGUGAUGUUUAUGUGUCGAACGAUUACGGGAAGACGUUUAAAAAGAUAUCACAGAAAUUCAGCUUUGGGGCAGGAAACACCAGUGAUGUGGCCAUCUCACAGUUCUACCACAGCCCUGCUGACAACAAAAGGUACAUCUUUGUGGAUGCCUAUACCCAGUACCUCUGGAUCACCAUGGACUUCUGCAACACUGUUCAGGGCUUCUCCAUUCCAUUCAGAGCUGCAGAUCUCCUGUUGCACAGUAGGAUCCCUGACCUUGUUUUGGGCUUUCUUAAGGCGGUGUCUCAAUGCUCCUCCACAGAGAUGAAGGCUGUUGCAUUUUUGACUGCCCUGAAGAGGAAGGAUCCUUCUCCAGUCCUGUCCGAGUCAGAUCUGGCAGAUACAGGCACUAAGGACUUUAGCCUGAAUCAGUCUACGCAGGAGAAGGAAGUGCACAUGAGUUUACAUCCAGCAGUUCCACACACAUUGACUCUGAUGGAGCAUGCCGUGCUUCUAAGUGUGGGGGUAGGGUGGGAGAAGACUUCGCAUGCUUCCCCCCGCCAGGCCCUGUUUGGCCUGGGGUGGGGGAGCAACAACAGGGCUUCCACUGGCCGGAUCAACUUGCUGGGUGGGCUGAGUCCAGCCCAUAGAGGCUCGGGUUCCCAGCUCUGGCAAUCGGAUGAUUUUGGACAGACCUGGAUAAUGAUUCAGGAACACGUGAAAUCUUUUUCUUGGGGCAUUGACCCAUAUGAUAAGCUGAAUACAAUUUACAUAGAACGGCAUGAACCUACCGGGUCCUCAACUAUUAUUCGCAGCACAGAUUUCUUUCAAACCAGGGAAAAUAAAGAAAUAAUUCUGGAAGAGGUUGAAGACUUCCAGCUCCGAGACAAGUAUCUGUUUGCCACAAAGACUGUGCAUUUAUUGGGCAGCCAGCAGCAAACUUCAGUUCAGCUCUGGGUUUCCUUUAACCGCAAGCCAAUGCGAGCUGCACAAUUUGUAACCAGACAUCCAGUUAAGGAAUACUACAUUGUGGAUGCAUCUGAGGAGCAGGUGUUUGCGUGUGUCAGCCACAGUAACAACCGCACCAACCUCUACAUCUCCGACGCAGAAGGCCUGCAGUUCUCUCUGUCUCUGGAAAAUGUGUUGUACUACAGCCCUGGAGGGGCCGGCAGCGAUACCUUGGUCAGGUAUUUUGCCAACGAGCCUUUUGCAGACUUCCACCGUGUUGAGGGUGUGAGAGGAGUGUACAUUGCCACCCUGAUAAACGGCUCUUUCAGUGAAGAGAACAUGAGGUCUGUCAUCACCUUUGACAAGGGUGGAACCUGGGAGUUCCUGCAGGCUCCAGCAUACACAGGUUAUGGAGAAAAAAUAGAUUGCGAGUUUUCUAAAGGCUGCUCUCUUCAUCUGGCCCAGCGACUGAGUCAGCUGCUCAACUUCCAGUCACGUAGGAUGCCCAUUCUCUCCAAAGAAUCUGCUCCAGGACUGAUCAUUGCCACAGGCUCAGUUGGCAAGAAUAUGGCAAGCAAAACGAACGUGUACGUUUCAAGCAGUGCAGGAGCAAGAUGGAGAGAGGUGCUGUCUGGACCUCAUUACUACACAUGGGGAGACCACGGUGGUAUUCUUGUGGCAAUAACACAGGACACAGAGACAGACCAGCUCAAGUACAGCACAAACGAAGGGGAGACCUGGAAAACAUUCACUUUCUCAGAAAAGCCGGUGUUUGUGUAUGGACUUCUCACUGAGCCAGGAGAGAAGAGCACCGUAUUUACCAUCUUUGGCUCCUAUAAGGAGAACGGCCACAGCUGGCUGAUACUGCAGAUAAACACCACUGACGCACUUGGCGUCCCUUGCACAGAAAAUGAUUACAAACUGUGGUCACCCUCCGAUGAGCGAGGGAAUGAGUGCUUACUGGGGCAUAAGACAGUUUUCAAACGGAGAACGCCUCAUGCGACUUGCUUCAAUGGGGAAGAUUUUGAUAGACCAGUUAUGGUCUCCAAUUGCUCAUGUACAAGAGAAGACUUUGAAUGUGAUUUUGGUUUUAAACUGAGUGAUGAUUUAUCAUUAGAAGUUUGUGUCCCUGAUCCUGAAUUUGCUGGGAAACCAUAUUCUCCACCUGUGCCUUGCCCCGUUGGCUCAACUUACAGGAAGACUAGAGGCUACCGCAAGAUCUCUGGGGACACCUGUGCAGGAGGCGACGUUGAAUCACGGCUAGAAGGGGAGCGGGUACCAUGCCCUCUAGCAGAAGAGAAUGAGUUUAUUCUGUAUGCCACGCGCUACUCUAUCCACCGAUACGAUCUCUCUUCUGGAAUCAGCGAGGAAUUGCCUCUGACUGGAUUACGAGGGGCAGUGGCUCUGGACUUUGAUUAUGACCACAACUGUUUGUACUGGGCAGAUGUGACACUUGACAUUAUACAGCGUCUUUGUCUAAAAGACAGCUCUGGACAAGAGAUAAUCAUUAGCACUGGCCUAGAAACGGUGGAAGCGUUGGCCUUUGAACCUCUCAGUCAGUUGCUUUACUGGGUGAAUGCGGGGAUCCCAAAAAUUGAGGUUGCGAACCCAGAUGGAGACUUGCGACUUACUGUUCUGAAUGCUUCUAUACUCGAACGACCCCGAGCCCUGACUUUGGUGCCUAAAGAAGGGUUGAUGUUCUGGACAGACUGGGGAGACUCUAGACCUGGCAUUUACAGAAGUGAUAUGGAUGGUUCAUCAGCCAGUUGCAUUGUCUCUGAGGGAGUGAGAUGGCCAAAUGGCAUUUCUGUGGAUGAUCAUUGGAUCUAUUGGACGGAAGCCUACAUGGAUAGAAUUGAGAGAAUUGAUUUCAAUGGGAUGCAGAGAUCUGUGAUACUGGAUAGUCUUCCUCAUCCCUACGCUAUUGCUGUAUUUAAGAAUGAAAUCUAUUGGAAUGACUGGUCGCAGCUGAGUAUUUUUAGAGCAUCUAAAUACAGUGGGUCAAGGAUGGAGAUUUUAGUUGGUCGAUUAAAUGGGAUCAUGGAUAUGAAAAUCUUCUACCGAGGAAAGACAACAGGGCGGAAUGCCUGCAUCACCAGGCCGUGCAGUUUGCUGUGUUUGCCCAAAUCAAACAACAGCAGAAGCUGCAAGUGUCCCGAGGGAGUCUCCAGCAGUGUGCUCCCGUCAGGGGAAGUGAAGUGUGAUUGUCCACACGGAUACGUGAUGAAGAACACCACCUGCAUCAAAGAAGAUAACACCUGUCUGCCUAACCAGUAUAGAUGCUUCAACGGGAACUGCAUCAACAGCAUCUGGCAGUGUGAUAACGAUAAUGAUUGUGGAGACAUGAGUGAUGAGAAAAACUGCCCCACAACAGUCUGUGAUAGCGAGACUCAGUUCCGCUGCCAGGGCUCAGGAACCUGCAUCCCGCUGUCCUAUAAAUGUGACCUCGAGGAUGACUGUGGGGAUAACAGUGAUGAAAGCCACUGCGAAGCUCACCAAUGUAGAAGUGAUGAAUUCAGCUGCAGGUCGGGGAUGUGCAUUCGUCUUUCUUGGAUGUGUGAUGGUGAUAACGACUGCAGGGACUGGUCAGAUGAAGCGAACUGCACUGCAGUUUACCAUACGUGUGAAGCCUCCAGUUUCCAGUGCCACAAUGGGCAUUGCAUUCCCCAGAGGUGGGCAUGUGAUGGCGAUGCUGACUGCCAAGAUGGCUCUGAUGAGGAUCCUGUCAAGUGUGAAAAAAAGUGCAAUGGGUUCCAGUGUCCAAAUGGAACCUGCAUCCCGAAUAGCAAGCACUGUGACGGAUUGCACGACUGCUCCGAUGGCUCUGAUGAACAGCACUGCGAACCCCUGUGCACACGUUACAUGGACUUUGUAUGUAAGAACCGCCAGCAGUGUUUGUUCCACUCCAUGGUGUGUGACGGCAUUGUCCAGUGUCGGGAUGGCUCAGAUGAAGAUGCUAACUAUGCUGGAUGCUCCCAAGACCUAGAAUUUCACCGGACCUGUGACCAGUUCAACUUCCAGUGCCAGAAUGGCGUAUGCAUCAGUUUGGUGUGGAAAUGUGAUGGGAUGGAUGACUGUGGGGAUUACUCGGAUGAAGCAAACUGUGAAAACCCAACGGAAGCCCCGAACUGCUCUCGCUACUACCAGUUCCAGUGUCAGAAUGGCCACUGCAUCCCUAAGCGGUGGAAAUGUGAUGAGGAAAACGAUUGCGGUGAUUGGUCUGAUGAGAAGGACUGUGAAGGGUCACCGAUCCUCCCCUUUACUACAUCAGCCCCAGCAACAUGUCUGCCUAACCAUUUCCGGUGUAACAGCGGCACCUGCAUUAUGAACAGCUGGGUUUGCGAUGGAUACCAAGACUGCACAGAUGGUUCAGACGAGGACGCCUGUCCUACUUUAUUAGUCAAUGUAACUGCGACAUCCACCACCUCCCUGGGCCGGUGCAGCAGGUUUGAGUUUGAAUGUCAGCAGCUGAAGAAGUGCGUCCCGAACUGGAAGCGAUGUGACGGCGUGAGAGAUUGCCAGGAUGGCACGGAUGAAAUAAACUGUCCUACUCACAGCACAUUGUCUUGCCCUAAUGGUUAUAAAUGUGAAGAUGGGGAGGCCUGUAUCAAGACGACAGAACGGUGUGAUGGAUUUCUGGACUGUUCAGAUAGUAGCGAUGAGAGAAACUGCACUGAUGACACAAUUGUGUACAAAGUCCAGAAUCUUCAGUGGAUGGCUGAUUUUUCUGGUGAUGUCACUGUAACGUGGGCCCGACCUAAAAAAAUGUCCUCAGCAUCCUGUGUGUAUAACAUAUAUUACAGGAUGGUUGGUGAAAGCAUUUGGAAAACUUUAGAAACUCACAGCAACAAAACAAACAGUGUCUUAAAAGUCCUGAAGCCGGAUUGCACCUAUCAGGUCAAAGUUCAGGUCCAGUGUCUGAGCAAAGUGUACAACACAAAUGACUUCAUCACUCUUCGUACACCGGAGGGAUUACCAGAUCCCCCUCUCCAUCUUCAGCUGUCUCUAAAGGAAGAGGUGGAAGGCGUGGUGAUCGGCCGCUGGGCUCCACCCGUGUCUGCCCAUGGCCUGAUCCGAGAGUACAUCGUGGAAUACAGUAGAAAUGGCUCCAAGGAAUGGUCCUCACUUAGAGCCAGCAAGAACUAUACCGAAAUUGAGAACUUGCAGAUCAACAAAUUAUACACACUAAGAGUGGCUGCGGUAACUAGUCGGGGUGUAGGAAACUGGAGUGAUUCCAAAUCCAUAACCACCAUGAAAGGCAAAGUCAUUCCGCCGCCAACCAUACAUAUUGAAAGUUGCAACGAAAACUCCAUAAGUUUCACCCUAAAAGUUGACACUGAUAUUAAGGUGACUGGUUAUAUUGUGAACAUCUUCUGGACGUUUGAUACCCAUAGGCAGGAAAAAAGGACUUUGUUCCUAGAUGGAGAAAAGUCAGCACAAAGAGUGGGUAAUCUGACGGCACACACGCCAUACGAAAUUUCUGCUUGGGCCAAGACUGCACUGGGUGACAGCCCUUUGUCUUUUGCACAUGUUGUGACCAGCGGUACAAGACCCCCGUCGCCAAGCCUCAAAGCCAAAGCCAUCAAUCAGACUGCUGUGGAGUGUACCUGGACUGGACCAAGGAAUGUUGUCUAUGGUGUUUUCUAUGCUACGUCGUUCCUAGAACUAUAUAGAAGCCCUCAGAACACCAGUACGACUUUACACAACAUCACUGUGAUCGUGAACAAGGACGAGCAAUACUUGUUUCUGGUCCGAGUAAUGUCUCCGUACCAAGGACCACCUUCCGACUACAUUGUGGUGAAGAUGAUACCAGACAACAGGCUUCCUCCUCGGCACCUGCAUUCAGUGCUCACCAGAAAGACAUUUGCUGUCAUCAAGUGGGAGUCGCCCUAUGAUUCGCCUGACCAGGAUAUGCUAUACGUUGUCGCAGUGAAAGAUUUAAUUAAAAAAACAGAUAAAAUCUACAAGGUGAAAACUCGGAACAGCACAGUAGAAUACACCAUUAAAAAGCUGGAGCCAGGAGGAAAAUAUCAUAUACUUGUUCAACUGGGAAAUAUGAGCAAAGAAUCCAGUAUGAAAAUUACCACAGUCUCACUAUCUGCACCAGAUGCCUUAAAAAUUCUAACAGAAAAUGAUCAUAUUCUGCUUUUUUGGAAGAGUUUAGCCUUGAAAGAAAGCAAUUUUAAUGAAAACCGGGGUUAUGAGAUACAUAUGUUUGAUAGCACAAUGAAUAUCACAGCUUAUCUUGGGAACACCACAGAGAACUUCUUCAAAAUUUCCAACCUGAAGAUAGGCCACAACUAUACAUUCACAGUUCAGGCCAGAUGCCUUUAUAGUGGACAGAUGUGUGGGGAGCCUGCUACUCUUCUGUAUGAUGAACUAGGAGCUGGUGAAGAUGCCUCUGCAUCGAAAACUGGUAAAUCCACAGAUGUAGCGACCAUCGUGGUCCCAGUAUUAUUCCUAUUGCUCGUGACCAUGGGGAUAGGGUUUGUUGUAUUGUACAUGAGACACAGAAGACUGCAGAAUAGCUUUACUGCCUUUGCAAAUAGCCACUACAGCUCCCGCCUUGGCUCAGCCAUAUUCUCUUCUGGUGAUGAUUUAGGCGAUGAGGAUGACGAAGCCCCUAUGAUAACUGGAUUCUCAGAUGAUGUUCCGAUGGUCAUUGCAUGAAGCACAUUUCUGACUGUAAACCAAAUGGUGUAAAUAUUUCAUUUGAUAAAAAUAGUUGAUUGUUUAUUUUAAAAAAUGCACUUUGAGUUGCAAUACAUUAUUUUUAUAUGGGCCAAAAUAAUAAAAAAGUACACUUUGUAGUAAUCAAUUGUGAACUGCAGACCAGGUUGAUUUAGAAACAAAUUGCUUUGUUUUAACAUUAAUUUAGUCUUACAAGGCUGUGCUUGCUGGGCAUGCUUUUAAGUCUGUGAGAUGUUUUCUCUUCACUAAAUUGGCUACUCUUUUUUAUUUUUCUAAGACAAUAAGAAAUUUAUUUUAAAAAUUCAGGAGAUUAUAUAUAGUGAGGGAGACAAGUAAUAUAGUCCCUGAUGGUUUUACAUUUACUUAAAAAAAAAUCAACCUUUGGACUUUGUUUUAUAUGAAAGUGUUUUUGUUGUGUUAAUUUAUUGGGAAACAUGCUUUAGAUCAGAUUUCCAGAACUGUCAAACUUUGUACACAUUGUGGAGAAUGUGCACCAUUUUAUCUUGCACGGCAAUAGAUUUUUGCUAUCACAAUCAUUGUUACUGCCAUAAUAAUAAAAAUAGUUAAUUUUAACCCCCCCUCCCAUUGUUAAAAAAUGGAGUCAAAAUUUUAAAACUCUGGGGCCAAAUUCAGCAAAGCACUUCAGCACUUUCUUAUCUUGAAGCAUGUCUUAAGUCCCAAUGAAAUCAAUGGGAUUUACACAUGUGCUUCAGUUCUUUGACUUUUCUGAACCAGACCUCAGGGCCAAAUGUGCAACACUUACAUUCAUAAAGAUCUAAAUAUGUUGGUGGCCUCAUUUUCAAAAAGGGGACCCACAGCUCCCAUUGAUUCUGUCCCUGAAGCCAAUCAGACCACUUUUUGAUCCUGAUUCAGUCAAGGUACUUAAGUAUGAGCCUGCUUAUAUUCACGUAAAUAUUCCCAUUCAAGUCACCACUCAUGUACAUAAGAUUUAUUUACAUGCUUAAGUAUAUUGCUGAGUCAAGGUCUAAUUUAGGUGAUUAAGGUCCAGAUUGUGCAAAUAUUUAAUACAUAUUAGUAACUUUAGACAUGUUAGUACCACUGACUUCCAUGGUACUAGCAAGUUACUUGUAUGGAACUGUUUAGAGGUCUAGCCCUUAAUAUGGAUUUAGAUAAUUAAUCCUAAACUCCACAAUUUUCAGUUCUGACCUUUUCUGCCUGACAGAACUCCAGACCAUGGAGUCCUGUGCAUCACCAGCAUUGCCCUACAUGCUGUAGGGUUACCUAACGUGUAUUUACGUUAGUCUGAUCCUUUAGUUAAAUACAUUAUUGAUAAAAAUUGGAAACUAAGAGGAAAAAGAGGUCACUGUCUUUAAAAACACAUUUCAGUACAUGCUGUCAAAUGCAGUUUGACCAACGUGUUUCCUCUAUUGAACUUCUUUAGGAUGCUGUUAUAUUGAUGGGCAGGCGGAGGGUGGGGUGGAGACAUGCUGUCUUAAACUAGAGAAAGUGCUUUGAAUGCAGGUUUUUCACAGUCUUAUGAAGCUCUACUUAUCUGAAAAUCUGAAUUUAUUUGGGGUUACAAAAGCAUAUUAUAUUCCUUCAUUACUAUUUCCUCAAAAUAGUUGUGGUUUCAACUUCAGCUUCAGAAGUAAUAUAUAUAUCUAUUCCGAUCAUUAUCUGUUCUGCACUUACUGCGAACACACCAUCAGCUACAAAGCUAAACGUUAGCAGUUAAAAACAUCUGGUACCAUUGUCUAGCUUUUUGUGACAGUAGAGUUUGAAUUCAACCCAUAGAGUCAAAACUACUUGCCAGCCCAAGAGCAAAUACUGUAAGUGAGUGUUCACGGAUCACAUCUAUACAUAUUUUAUAUUUGCAACACAUAUUGGCUCUAUACCAGUAAAAUACAAUGUGUUGUCCUGUCAUUAUAUAAAUAUUUUAACCAAAAGUAUCUUUGUUGUGUAACUUGAAAAUAUAAUUGCAGUCUUCCUAUGGAUAGGGUGAGGCCAGCAAGGUCAAUUAUGUUUAGAUAAACAAGUGAUUAAUUUCAAGCAAGAAAAUGUACAAAUAGUAGAAGUUCUAUAUGGUUCAAUACACUACAGAAAUACUAAAUCAGCUGCUGGCAGUGUGUCAUUCCCCAGUGACAAAUGAGCUCUUUUUCUUUUUUUUUAAAUGGGGGGGAACCAAAAUGGAAUUGGAUUUUAAGGACACUACUCCUUUAUUUAGAGUUAUGACUUGCUUGUUUUUACUUUGUGUGAGGGCCAGAUGCUAUUGUGAGCAGGGCCAGUCCGAGCCAUUUGCGCACCCCGGGCCCCAGGAGCGCAGCACCGCCCCCGGGAGUGCAACUCAUGCACGGCCCCGCCCCUGGGCACGCGCCACUCCCGGGUGCCCGGCACAUACGCGGCCCCGCCCCUGGGUGCCCGGCGCAUGCGUGGCAUCACCAUGGACGCGCGGAGCAUGCACGGUGGCUCCCCUGCCUGGCCCUGCGCGGUGCCCCCUACAUUGGGGCGCCCUGGACAGUAUCCUGACUAGCCCAUACCUCGGGCCAGCUCUGAUUGUGAGAUAUACAUUUGGAGGAACUCCAAUAAAGUUUGUUGGAAAUUAAAUCACCUCCGAUUUACACCAAUAUAUCCAAGAUCAAAAAUUUGACCCAGGGUGACAAAUCCCUAGAUUUACUGAAUACAUUUCUGGGAAGCUGGGGUGAAGUAAAAAAAAAGAACGAAUCCAGGGAUGUGGUGGAUUUUUUGUUUUGUUUUGUUAAAUAGAUAUUACUGCACAAUCGCUAAAAAGAAAUAGUGUAAUAGUAUCUCAAAAGGGGUAUGUGUGUGUCUCUAGACACUGAUACUGGUCAAAUCCUGUAUGCUUUACUUACCUAAACAGUCAUGUUGACUUCAGUGGAAAGACUCACCUGAGGCAAAGCAGAAUUUAACCCAUGCCUUUUGUUCCUGUGUAGGGACAUACACACUAAGACCAAUUCCAACUAUUAAUAACUCAUGGCCACUUUAAAUAAACUGUAGCGAUUCUCCAGUAGGAUGUUUUCAAACUUUUGAACCUGGCAACCUACUUCCCCUGGGUGACUGAUCAUUGCUGGUCACUUAGACUGAGUUCACUUCUCAGCUGUACAAAAUACUGACUCUUUCCAGUGUGAGCCACUUAGUUACAAAUGAAAAAUACUCCUGGUUAACAGUGCCUCGGUUGAUGCAAUGUGGGUGGAAUAAAGCUCAGUGCCUGGGUAUUGCUUUAGCCUGGGUAUAGACAGCACCCUUCUGUCAGAAUAAGCUACACAAUUUGUGCUACACAAUUUGCAUAGCUUUAUUCUGAGUCUAAAUUGAAAGAGCUUAGUUUGAAAUUUGGCUCUGUCAUUCUUGGGUCCUAGACCCCUGCUCUGUCCACGAUCCACAGUCUCACUAGCCCUUCCCAGUGUUUGGGCUUCUGCCUCUUGGCUGUACAGGCACUGGGACAGACACCCUGGUCAGCCUGGGCUGAGUAACCAGUCCCCCUCCAUCACUGGCUGGGCUCUCAGCCCACUUGGGGAAGGAAGCCCAAACGCUCCUUGUCAGGCCCCUUACCUUCCUCCUCUAUUCUGGCAGUGUGGAUGUUCUGUUUUUCAGCUUCUCUAUCCUUUUCCUUAUCAGCUCUCACUUCCCUUCACCUCCUCCAGACUCGUCUUCCACUCUCCCCUGCCCUCCCUCACAGGCAAGGUUUUUAAAGAGGUCCUGUGUCAGUGGCAAGGCUGAAUCAGCUCACCUGGCCCUUAAUUGAUUUAUAGCAGCCCUGUCUCAGCUUCCCCUGAUUAGCCAAGACUGUUGCUGGGUUUUUUUGUUCUUUGGGGUUUUUUUUUUGAGCUGCCUCUCUCCCCAUCCAUCAAGUCCUUUAACCUGCCCUAUCACACUACACAGCAUCAGAUUUCAAAAGAAGGCACUAUUCCAACAAAUCCCUUAACCCUCGUGAACAAGGACGCCGGAAUGGCUGUGUCUAGACUGGCAAGUUUUUCCGGAAAAUCAGCAGCUUUUCCGGAAAAACUUGCCAGCUGUCUACA